ACACAUUUCUCUCUCGGGAUGGGAGGCUCUUGUCGCUCAGGGAAUCUGACGGCAUAGUAUUAUUAAAGGAAAACCUAUCCAGCACAUCGCCACCAGGCGUGUCGACUAUUGGAACCCCCGCCUCAUCUCAGGCGCUGUAUGCAUUGUUCUUCAGGAGGAUCCGCACACUGUACUCUCAUUUGAUUCCUGGCAGCCCAUGUGUUCUUUUCUCGAAACGUCGCCACCCAGCUACCAUCCACUUCACACCGCGACCUUCUGCUCGCCCAUCGUCAAACUGACAAAGGAGUUUGCUAUCCUUACAGAGAGCGGGGAGGUAUAUAUCUGGGGAAAUAGUCUUCCAGAGCAACCACCGACGCCCUCCGAUGACGACGAAGAGUUUGACAAUGCGCUGUUUGAAGCGGCCUGGCUUGGCACGCCUAUUGAAAUUGAUAGAUGGCCAUCAAGACUACCCGUCGCACUCGACUACGAGCCCAGAAAACUACCUUUACCCCCAAUCCGUCGUCUGUCCACGGGAGCCUGUAAUAGCAUCUGUAUAACUGGAUCGGGGCAACUCUUCAUCUGGGGCUACAAGCAUGACAAAUGGCCGGAAAUCCGAGAUACCAGUGAUAAAUAUGGUACUGAAUUAAGAGAAGCCACUAUUCCAGCUGGAAGUGGAGAUGCACGCUUAAGAGUUAAAGAUGCAGCGGCAGGACGGGAACAUGUCGUGGUUCUUACAGAAGAUGGAUCUUUAUGGUCAGCCGGUGAUGGGCUUUACGGACAGCUGGGCAUUGGACUAAGGCAGUUUGGGCUGUGCUCCGAAGGAGGCGUUAUUGAUAUGCUAGAAAAUUAUACCGAGGAGGAGUUUGCCGUGGACUGGCAGCGAAUGGAUAUGGAAGCUCUUGGGGGACAGAAAUGCGAGGCAGUCUUUGCUGAUGGUGAAAACACAUUAAUCCUAACAAAAGAUCAGUGUCUGCGUGAUUCUUUGAGAUGGAAUGCAUAGAGAUACCCCGCAAAUUUAUUCCUUGUUCGAUUAUCUUACUUCCACUGUUUGUCCUUAAAUUAGUUACUGGGUGGUGGAUUGCCUUAUAUACUUGAACUCUCGUCGGAAUAUAUCCUCUGGAACAUCUAAACACAGCAAUUAUUAUACAUAUCCUUUUGCGAAUAUCGUGCUCCUUAGUAAAACUCUAUUGAUUGAAAAUCCCAUCUUUGCAGUAGUGUCUGUCUUUGAAUUGAUCUUAUGUGAUCUAAACCUUUGCUGCAUCAUAGUGG